CAGUCAGUCCGUUUUAUAUUUAUAAUUCUUUUGUAUUCUGUAUUUUUGUAACAACGCCUUUUUUUUUGUAAACCUUUAUAAAUACUGCUCGACAUCACAUCAUCAUAAUUUAAUAAACUAUAUUAUAUCAUCAUCUUCAGUUAGUUAUAUUUCUCUGUCUGAACCCCACAAUAUCAAAGAAGUGAAGUUGACAUUUAAAUAAAAUAAUUUAAAUAAGAAACAUGACUGAUAAUCCCCACUUGAUUCUGAAAACUGAUGAUGAAGAUAGUGAUAAAAGAGAUGAUGAAAGUGAGUCUAUACCGCCUGAAAUUAUUGAAAGAGCAAAUGAGGUGAUCAAUAAUCUAACUCCUGCAACAUCACGAUCAAAAUAUGAAUCGGCAUACCGAAAAUUUAUGUUGUGGCGAACAGCAAAACGGAUUACAAGUUUUUCUGAAGCGGUUUUUUUAAAGUAUUUUAGUGAACUUUCCGAAACCCUCUUGCCGUCAAGUUUAUGGGCGAAAUAUUCAAUGUUGCGAAGCAUGGUUGAUAUUAAGCACAACCUCAAUAUAUUCAAUUAUUCAAGAUUAAUUGCUUUUUUAAAGCAAAAGAAUAAAGGUUUUAAGAGCAAGAAAGCUAGAACAUUGAGUCCUGAACAAAUUGACCGAUUCCUGCGUGAAGCUCCAGACCGCGAAUUCUUGGCUACAAAGGUUGCUUUAAUUUUUGGGGUGCUAGGUGCAUGUCGGCGAAAAGAAUUGUGUAACGUAAUGAUGGAUGAUAUACAAGAUAAAGGUGACAUGCUAUUGGUAAAAGUUCCGGACACUAAAACUGGCAAAUCUAGAUCAUUCAUAGUGACGAACGAAUUUUACGAUAUUUAUAAAAAAUAUGCCAAAUCACGUCCUACCAACUUAAAAACAAAAAGAUUUUUUAUUAGUUAUCGAAACGGUAAAUGUACAACUCAAAACAUCGGCAUCAACACUUUUGGUGGUAUGCCGAAAAAAUGGCAACGUUUUUGAAGUUGGCAAAUCCAGAAACUUACACUGGACAUUCCUUUAGAAGAAGUUCAACUACUUUGUUGGCUGAUUCUGUUGCUGAUCUUCUUAUCAUAAAAAGACACGGAGGAUGGAAAUCGAGUUCUGUUGCUGAAGGCUACAUCGAAAAUUCCGUGGACAACAAAAAACGAAUCGGUCAACAAAUCGCAGCUACUAUAACUUCCAGGCCGUCUACUUCAAUAGCUCAGCAGCCACAAAUUGAUGUAGCUAAUGAACCAGCAAGAGAAGCACCGAUCGACAUUGGAGUAAAAAACAAGAACAAUUUGAAUUUUGAAAUUUUUAAUACGGUCCCAUCAACAAAUUUCCAAAAUUUAAAUAUC